AUGAGCAACAUCACAUACGCACCUUUGCCUAGUAACCUCAUACCGGAUGAUGCCAGUCCGCAGUGGAUGAACAAAGGUGACAACGCGUGGCAGCUGACAGCCGCAACUUUGGUUGGCCUCCAGAGUGUCCCGGGGCUCAUAAUCCUAUACGGUGGCGCGGUGAAGAAGAAAUGGGCUGUGAACUCGGCCUUCAUGGCACUCUAUGCAUUUGCUUGUGUUCUUAUUUGUUGGGUUGCGUGGGGAUACCAAAUGUCAUUUGGGGAUGUCCUAAUCGAGGGUCUUCGGUUUUGGGGGAAACCUGACGUGGCACUUAACCAGCAGUAUCUGUUGGGGCCGGCAUUUAUGGGGAAAAUACCAAAUGCCACAAUGGUUUAUUUCCAAUUUGUGUUUGCAGCAAUUACUUUGAUUUUAAUUGCUGGGGCACUUUUGGGAAGGAUGAACUUUUAUGCUUGGAUGUUGUUUGUGCCUUUAUGGCUAACUUUUUCAUACACCAUUGGAGCUUUUAGUAUUUGGAGCCCUAACGGGUUUCUCCAGAAAGGACUCAUUGAUUAUUCUGGUGGGUAUGUGAUCCAUCUUUCUUCUGGUGUUGCUGGGUUCACAGCUGCCUAUUGGGUUGGUCCACGUUCGAAGAAAGACAGGGCAAGUUUUCCUCCCAACAACAUUCUUCUUAUGUUGACUGGUGCAGGACUUCUCUGGAUGGGCUGGACAGGGUUUAAUGGCGGAGACCCUUACGUGGUCAGUGUUGAUGCCUCCUUGGCUGUGCUGAACACUCAUGUCUGCACUGCUACCAGUUUGCUCACUUGGCUCUUGCUUGACAUCACUUUCUUCCGUAAACCUUCGGUCAUAGGGGCAGUUCAGGGAAUGAUCACUGGUUUAGUUUGCAUCACCCCUGCUGCUGGUGUUGUGCAAGGCUGGGCAGCAAUACUGAUGGGGUUAUUUUCUGGCUCAAUCCCUUGGUUUACCAUGACGGUUGUCCACAAGAGAUCUUCGCUCCUUCAGAAAGUUGACGACACAAUGGCUGUCUUCCACACUCAUGCCAUCGCCGGCGCCCUUGGUGGAAUCCUCACCGGUCUCUUUGCCCACCCGCGGCUUAGCUACUUGUUCUAUACCUCAUACGGUACGUAUGUUGGCCUAUUCUAUGGUUUCCACAUGGGAGGUCGCCACGUGCACACCGGCUUUCGUCAAGUGGGAAUCCAACUGCUCGGGAUCUUUUACAUUGUGACACUAAAUGUUGUGGUCACAAGCAUUAUAUGUAACCUGAUUCGGUUAUUAGUGCCGCUACGGAUGUCCGCGGAGGAUAUGGAGAUUGGUGAUGAAGCCGCUCAUGGGGAAGAAGCUUAUGCUGUCUGGGGACAAGGCGAAAAGCUUGACAAUUCAAGGUUUGGAGGAUAUGAUAUUGAAUCAUCAGCUGCCAAAAGUAGAGCAGCUGCUGGACAAAUUGAAAUGGCUUAA